UGCAAAUGAGUUACUUAUUGAUGAACUAAAGCAAAUCAUUUGUGUUUUACAUUUUCACUUGUAAAUGCUUGCAUUUUCUCUUUAGUCCAGCUGGCCUUCUAAGCCCUGAUAUAAUGGAUCCACAAGAAGAAGAAUUGUCAUGUGAAGAGGAUGUACUGCGAUGGCUAGCUGCUCAAGUUGACACCUCCAAAGAAUUCAGUAUCUGUGUGUCUAGAAUGAACCUCUUAGAAAGAGGUAUGUCACUGUGGAAGCGACAAAAGCUCAGCUCCCCAAUCAACACUUUAAAGGUUACAUUCAUGGGAGAGGCUGGAGUUGACACAGGUGCUCUGCGUAAAGAAUUCCUGACAGAAAUGAUUAGUGGCAUAGAGACCCGGCUCUUUGGCAUUUUUCCUUUACCAUCCUCUCCUUCAAAGUACUUGUUAAAUGACCUUGACAAUGGCCUGUUUCGAGUUGCUGGGGAAAUCUUUGCCGUAAGUCUCGCGCAAGGUGGUCCAGCUCCACGAUUUCUACAGGAGUGGUGUUACAAUUACCUCUUAAGUGGAAACCUUGAAAACAUCACGAUGGAUAAUGUUAAUGACAUGGAAUUUUCACCACUGAUUAAAAUGAUCGAGGAGACUUCAGACCUGUCGAAUUACAGUGAGCAAAUUACGAGCUGUGGCUACACUGGCCCUAUAAAUGACCAAAACAAGGGUAAUAUAAAGAGGUAUCACUUUAUGCAUUUCUUAAAUCUAUUUUCCAAACAAUGUAAGUAAUAAU